AUGCUUCAGAAGAUGAGGAGCAGCAGGGACGUCAGACGAAAAGUCUCACCGCCUCAACCUGUGUUCAUGAGUGAUGAUCAGAAAUCUGACUAUCUUUCAACCCUUCGAAACAAUCGUCCAGCACGUCCCGUUGGAUCCCGUCCUCUUCCAUCUAAGGCUGGCACAACUCCUCGGCUCAGCAGAGAUGACCCCCCUCUUCCCGCAGAAUCUGCUCUUGCUUUCCAACCACAUGACGUUGCAUCCGCGGCUGCUCUCCCUGUUAUAGAUACGCCUCCACGAUGCACAAGCGCUCUGUCCUCCUACCCAGCAGGUGGCUCACCAGCUUUUGCUGAAACGUCGGUUCGAUCAAGGACGACAGUGGGCAGACCUCUUGCAGCAGAUCCGGAACAGAAGUCAUAUUCAAUACGUGGAAGAAAGCUCUCGCCCAGCGCAGUUAUACAACCUCCUAUAAGGUCUUCAAGUGGGAACUAUCGUGAAUCAGGAUCAAGAUGGAUGGAGCGGCAGGAGGCGAUCUCGCUUCGUGAAGCUCUAGAAGAAAUGGACCUCCAGAGCGAAGAAAAGAAAAUACAUGCUGCAGCCCAAGAUGAAGCAGCAGAACUGGUCUGGCGGCAUCGCAACCCCAACGCAGCAGAAUCAGAGGCCAAUGCUGCUUAUGCGAAUCCUGACAUUCGUCGCAAUGGAAGACACAGAUUUACAGCGCACCUGCAAAAAGGCGCCUACUCUCGAAGUCAAUCCGUUACUCAUGUCGACAGAAGAGCAGCUCUCCCAACAUCAGGAUCCUUGGGGUCAACGUCAAGUAGCUCAAGGUAUUCCCUUGGGGACAAUAACAACGCGAGCAUGCCAUGCACAAAGCCAAGUGAGAAUAAGUUGAUGGUACAAGAUGAAAGUGGUAUGAUCAGGCCACCGGUCAAGCCCAAUGGGCGAAAGAGUAGCGGCCAAAGGAAUAUCAGCAAUGGGUCGAGCAAGGAUGGCUUUCCGUACCCAGGUGAUCAGAUAUACGAGGACACAGAGGGCGUCUCAACGCAAAACGAGAAGGCUGCCACAAUUGUAUUCGCUGCUCCGGGCCCACUCAGAUCAACGAACCGGAACGCUCCACUGCACGGUUCACGGCCGCUUCCAGGAUGCCCAGUUGUGAUCGAUGCAGAAAAGAGCAAAUCUGUGGAUCGCUUCGAAAUCCACAAAAAUCCACCCUCGCAAUCGCGUAGCGCUGGUUAUAUUAAGAACACCAUACCUCCUUCUGUCGAUGUCAUCCCGGAAGCCCAAACACCGCCAAGCAAAAAUGGCAUUGAAAUUCGAGGCGAAGACAUCCGUGCUGCCACCAGCAUGAAACUCAAGGAUCGAAGCCCGAAACUGCCACUUCCUACAGCAGUCAGUGACCGCCCUGGACGACCCAUUGUGAGCUUUGAUCCAGGCUGGAAACCCGAAAGUGCAGCAAAAGAGGACACUGUAGAAGCCGAGCGACCUGGCCCCCGACCCACCGCUACAAUACAAGCGAUGACUGUAUCAGCACCUGCUGUCCCCACAAUCAAUGUUUCUGGCAUGGAGGAACCCUCAUGCCCGACUAUCGUUUUACCAGAUGAUGACCCUAUUCCUGCUAUCACUGUAGGCACAAAUGGACUGUCUUCAAGCACUGUGGCAGCUCCAUCUUCUACUAGUCGGCCCUUGCCUCAGCCUUCGAAAACUACGCCCGGGAAAAUAUCCACAGCAAAGGAGUCAUCUCGAUUGCCUUGGCUAAACCCUUCCUCCCGUGCCGGCGUCCCUACCGCUACAUGUGCAAAUUGCGCUCUCCCAAUCUCUGGUCGCAUCGUGACUGCUUCAGGCGCAGGGACCUCCGCUACCUCGCUCAAGGCACGCUUCCAUCCAGAAUGCUUCACCUGUUACCAUUGCUCCACAGCGCUUGAGUGUGUUGCCUUCUACCCAGAGCCCGAGGACAAACGAGUGAAACGCCUCGAAGCUGACGGCAUCACGGACAAGGAUGUUGAAAGUGAAUUGAGAUUCUACUGCCACCUCGAUUUCCACGAGUUCUACAGCCCUCGCUGCAAAAGCUGUAAGACGCCUAUCGAAGGAGAGGUGAUCGUCGCAGCUGGCGCUGAAUGGCAUGUUGGGCAUUUCUUCUGUUCUGAAUGUGGUGAUCCUUUUGAUUCCAACACCCCAUUCGUGGAGAAAGAUAACUAUGCUUACUGUGUCUCUUGUCAUACCCGGCGUACUUCAGCACGAUGUAGAGCUUGCAAAAGGCAGAUCUUGGACGAAAUGACGAUUCAAGCUCUGGGUGGGCAGUGGCAUGCUGACUGCUUCAACUGCUAUGAAUGUGGUGGAGGCUUUGGUGAUGAUGGCAGAUUCUUUGUCCGAGACGUGACUGUUGAAGGGACGGAGAAGGAGAAGCGGAGAGGAAUAACUACGAAGACAGAAGAGAGAGCCGUUUGUGAAGCCUGCGAGGGGCGCAGACUGAAGGCGUGA